UGUCAGAUUAUCAAGCUCAUUUAUGCACCAUUUUAAGGACUCUCGCCCACUAUCUGUGCCAGAAGACUGCUCUUUGCCUACAAUAACAUCUGUUUUUCCUGCACUUUAUUUGCCAUUCCCAAAGCUCUGACAGCCUGGGCAGCUUGAAAGGGGGCAGCACAGCAAAGCUAAUGGGAGCUCAGUGCGCAGAGCUGUGCUCAGGGUCCUGCUGGCUGCUGCUCGCAGGCAUUUCAUGCAUCGGGGGAGCCGAGCCCUCCCUGCUGCCUGUGCUCCUCCAGCCCUGGCAGUGCAGCUCAUCCUCAACAGCCUCUGUCCACAGGCAGUCAUUCACAACACCAUGGAGAGCCUGAACACACUCCUUCUAACUGCUGCUGCUUGCUUUCUCUGGCAAGGCUGCGGCGGCUCCGAGGCCGAGCACCGGCUCUACGCGGCCCUGUUCGAGAGCUACAACCAGUUCGUGCGCCCCGUCAAGAACGUCUCGGACCCCGUCAUCAUCCAGUUCGAGGUGUCCAUGUCGCAGCUGGUGAAGGUGGACGAAGUCAACCAGAUAAUGGAAACCAACUUGUGGCUGAAGCACAUCUGGAAUGAUUACAAGCUUCGGUGGAAUCCAGCAGACUAUGGAGGUGCUGAAUUCAUCCGAGUUCCAUCUGGCCAGAUCUGGAAGCCAGAUAUUGUUUUAUAUAACAAUGCAGUUGGGGAUUUCCAGGUUGAUGACAAGACAAAGGCCCUUUUAAGGUACACAGGUGAUGUGACCUGGAUACCUCCAGCUAUAUUUAAAAGUUCAUGUAAAAUAGAUGUAACCUACUUCCCAUUUGACUAUCAGAACUGCACCAUGAAGUUUGGUUCCUGGUCUUACGACAAAGCCAAAAUUGACUUAGUUCUAAUUGGCUCAACAAUGAACCUCAAAGAUUACUGGGAGAGUGGAGAAUGGGCUAUAAUUAAAGCUCCUGGGUAUAAACAUGACAUCAAGUACAACUGCUGCGAAGAGAUAUAUCCAGACAUCACAUAUUCUCUUUACAUCAGGCGUUUACCUUUAUUUUACACUAUCAACAUGAUUAUUCCCUGUCUGCUGAUUUCUUUUCUGACUGUAUUAGUUUUCUAUUUGCCCUCAGACUGUGGUGAGAAGGUGACACUCUGCAUAUCAGUGCUUCUCUCUUUAACAGUGUUCCUUCUUGUUAUCACAGAAACCAUACCUUCUACUUCCCUGGUAAUUCCCCUUAUUGGGGAAUACCUCCUUUUCACCAUGAUAUUUGUAACUCUCUCGAUUGUCAUCACAGUAUUUGUACUGAAUGUGCACUACAGAACACCCAAGACACACACAAUGCCCGUGUGGGUGAGAACCAUUUUCUUGAACUUACUUCCCCGGAUCAUGUUCAUGACAAGGCCCACCAGUGAUGAAGAGAAUAAUCAGAAGCCAAAACCACUAUUCACUUCUGAGUUUUCAAACUUAAAUUGCAUCAACGGCUCUGAAAGCAAAUGCUGCAAAGAUGGCUUUGCUUGUCAAGACAUGGCCUGCAGCUGCUGUCAGUAUCAGCACACCAAGUUCUCGGAUUUCAGUGGCAAUCUCACUAGAAGUUCAAGCUCUGAGUCUGUAGAUCCUAUGCUUUCAUUUUCAGUUCUGUCACCAGAAAUGAGAGAUGCUAUUGAAAGUGUGAAAUACAUUGCAGAAAAUAUGAAAAUGCAGAAUGAAGCAAAAGAGAUUCAGGACGAUUGGAAAUAUGUUGCCAUGGUAAUUGAUCGUAUUUUUCUAUGGGUUUUCAUCCUGGUAUGUAUUCUAGGAACAGCAGGAUUGUUUUUACAACCUCUGAUGGCUGGAGAUGAAAUGUAAAAAUUAACUAAAACAUUGUGAAAUCAAAUAAAACUGCCAAUCAACUCUGCAUCCCUCUCCCAGCACCUCCUGUCUCUUCCAUGUAGUAGAACAAGAAUCUCUCUUGUCUUCAACUUCACUGACCAAGACAGCUUUGUUCAAAAUGCAGAAAAAGGAAUUUGGAACCUUUAUGACAGCUAAUCUAAAAGUAACACAAGCUAUGUUUUACAGCUACUUCCUGCAAUAACUGGAGAAGAUGGAGGCAGUAUGUGAAACUUUAUAGGAGUGAUUUAAGAAGGGGUUAAUAAAGAAAUGGAAAAUUACAUGAGUAUUUGGAAAGUCACGAUGAGUUUAAUGCUUUGGGCUAUUAGGUUUGUUUUGUAGUCUGGUCCCAAGCUUCCUCAGAGCAUGCCAGGAUCUUCUGGAAGGAGUUCCAUGAAUACCCUCACGAGGACAGAAGGGUGGGAAGCACAAGCACCAAACAGCUGGAGUGCAGGCAUUGCCACCUGCUGUACAAACUGACCCACACAGCGCAAGAAAGGACUGAGGAGGGCUUUAGUACAAAAGGAGAACAAAAGGGUAAAUAAUAGAUGGUGGUAAUAAAGCAGCCAUAAAGUAAACUCUGUGUAUCCCUAGAUUGCAAUGUAUGUGAAGGCUGUCAGGAAAAAAAACCUGCUCAAACCUGAUGAUGUUCAGAAUUGUGUACAAGUAAAACACAAUAAGACAGUCUGCAAGUGAUGCAAAGGAUCAAAAACUCAGACAGGAUAGUUUAGAUACAGAGGCAUCCUGCUGUAGUGAAGUGUUUGAUGCCAAGGUAAGGCAGGUAGACAAAAAUAGUCCUGUAAAGUGUGCUAAAAUUGUUGCUUAGGCAUAUAUAUCUUCUCUCUUUUUUUUUUGAUCAGUAACUGCAGAUUAUUUAAGAGCAUGAAUAAAGAAUGCAACAAAACACUGUCAUCGGAUGAUAUUUUGUAAAAAUACAAACUGUUGUCUCUGUAGCAAACCAAAAGCUUUGUGGAAAUACAGUGUAUCAAGUGAUGUAACAUUUAUGAAAAUAAAGAGAAUCAAACUGUUGAAAAUUGUGCCUUUUUUCAUUUAUUGUGAGUGAGUGACAGAUCUAUAUAAGGUAGUAUUACCCACAGUUCAAUACAUUCAGCAAUAAGUUACAGAAGUAAAAGUCCAUGCUUCUGAGUACAGUAACAUUCUUUUGUUUCAGACACACCUGAUAAGCAGAAGACCCCAAGGAUUCCAGUGUCAGCUGUGUUACCUGAAUCUAUCAUGAUCAGACUAGAAGUCCCUAAAAGAAAUUCAUGCAUUUGUAAAGACUGUGAGCUACUAUAAUAAAGGGAGUGACUCCACUGGACAAUGUGCUUGCUGCCCAUCAUGAUGUAACUGGGCAGCCUGGAGACAUCAUUCAACAAGGGGAAAGAGAUGAAAUGGACAGUAAAAAAAAUAAGAGACAUAUCUAAUCUACAGUUGUACUCACUUUGCUUUCUCUACAGGUAAAUUUCAAUAAUUCAAACCUAUGGAAGACUUUAAAAAGAAAUGUUGUAUUUGAAGAGGAAACAAGCUAUCUGAAGUAUUUUUGCAACUUGCACACAGAGAAAGUCAUUGAUGCAUUGUUUAACCUCAGUAAUACUGAGAAAUUAAAGCUCUUUUAUUAAUGAAUUAAAACAGAUAAUCUUUGCAAAUUCACCUUGAAAGUUAUGAUGGGAAUAGAGGAAAAAUGGAUAUCCAAUAUCAGAUGUAAUUGUGUAACUGAAGAAGAGUAAUUCCCUAACUGCUAUUAUUAAAAAAAAAAAAAGAAAAAAAGGUCUGCCUGAUGUCAUUUCCCUACCUGUGAACCUUUAGAUGCUACACAAAACCAAGAAUGUCCUGCAGAGUAAAACAUUUUGAAAUAAAUAUUCAAUUAUAAAUAAAUUAUGACAUAAGUAAUCACUAUUAUAAUUAGUGCAGGGAUUUUCUAAAGGAGAUCUGGGAAGGAGUGUGGGAGAAAUAUGUAUCCAUUGUUCAAAUUUAUAAUCACUAUAAAAACUUAAAAUUA